UGCACUCUCAUCCAUCCCUAAACUGCCUCUUUACUUUACCCCCUGAACGUAUAGCAUAUAUUCCAGAUUUCAUAACCAUUGGAGGCGUAUGCAGGUCACUAGAACGUGCUUAUGAUCUGUGGUUUGAAAAUUGCAUGCUUGCUUCAAGGUUUUUAUUUAUUUAUAUAUUUUUUUGAAAGGCUCAGGUGGUCGUAAGGCUGAGUUCAGCGUCUAGACAGGGGACGGAGCGCCGGUAGAUGGCAGUCGUGUCGCUUCUGCGCUAGACAGGAAGAAGCAGCAUCAAACCCUCACACUUAGUAUACAGGCUAUACACAAUCACACACGCACAUGUGUGCGUCAAAUAGGCGCUACAGACCUGUCCGAAGGCGCGUCAUUUAAUCUAUAGCGUUCAGGGUUAUUGCACUCGACCAAUCGUUGGUAAAAUGGAAAAAGAUGAUUGAGCCAUUUACUUUUACGCGUCCAAGAAGACGACAGUGAGGACAGUCAGAAGAGUGAGACUUUGGGCUGAGGGCUGCAUCAAUACGUGUUAGAAGAUUCUUGGUGUCACCAGCGGAGCGCGCUGAGCCUAUACCCACGGAGAGCCGCGCGUCAUUGGGUACCAGAUACUUCCCACUAGAACUUCAUUCACUGACGAGAUCUCGACGUAUUCUACGGGUCUCACCUCUUUAUAUGUUCCUGCUCGCGGGGUGACUCACUUGUAGCUGUUCUCCGUUCGGCUCUCGCGCGCUGCGUAAUUCUACGGCUUGGCGCGGAGCGCAGCAUCAUUCGCGUGGAUUUUCGUCGCGUCACUGGAUUGCUUUUUGCCGGAGUUGAGUUGAACUGUAUUGAGCAGUAUCUGGUGGGAUGUAGCUUUUGAUGAAUACCUCGUCUAUGACAAGUUUAUACGCGUUUGAAAAGGAACUACGACUGUGGUUAGUAUAUUUAUCUGUCAUUUAAUUUAAAAAAAAGGGAUUUGACUCACAUUUUGGCGCAUUUUCGUCCACUUUCUUUGAAAACAAAAAAGAAACUUGGAUGAUUUUGUCCUUUUUUCCCCCUUUCGAAAUGAUCCUGGUGGUCUUGGAAAGGAUGUGAUUUACGAAUAUUUGCGUUUGCCAACGCACGAGGCUCCUCUCUCAAGGCAUUCCGUUGGACAUAAUCACAUUUCAAGGAAAUAAGCAUCUUGAAAUCCGCACUGGGCUGUGAGUUGAAAUCUAAUCAGAUCGGGUGCGUAAAGGAGAAAGAAAAGUUCCGUUUUAAACCACGACUGUGGAAUAAGAACAUCAGCGGUCUGCGUUUAUGGUCUGUUGAAGAUUGGGAUGAAGAAGAAGAUGCAGGGAAUGGUCCAUCUCAGGGAUAAAACCCAUCUAGAUGCGUAUUGGCUGAACGUGAAACCCCAAAUCUGUGUUGUUGAACGCCAAGAAUGACACGCAAAAGCAGGGAGACGACGAAUUAAUUGAUUUAUCAGCAGGAAAAAAAAGACUUGGUACACCGGAUUUUGAUGAUGCGGGGCAAGAAAGCAUCGAGAUAUCUGUUCUAGAGGCACUCGUCCAUAUGAUGGCAUUGACAGGAAGACCGAAUGGAUAUACAGGAGCGAAUUUCUUCUCAUAGAAGCUUGUGAAUGCAAAACUGCUCUUGGAUAGCUUGGAUAGCCCAGAGUACACGCUGAAGAACAUUUCAUUCGCAUCGCGCUUCAUUGCUUGAGAAUUGCGGAUGGAUUUUGGUGCUUUGGAAGCGAACGGAACGUCUGCGAUUUGAACCUCACAGAUUGAGAAAGGAGUGCAGUCAUGGCCACUGAAGCAUGCCGUGUUCACCCCCUCAUCGUCUGGCACUUUUUCCCUCCAUCGUUCUAGAGGAAACAGAAUAAAGAAGGGAAGGCGAAGCCAGCUAGCGAAACCGAGCGUGAAGAUGUCCAGAAACUGCUGGCACUGUGGAAGACUUGGCAGAUUUUCCGAUGCAAUAGUUUGUAGGGCUUGCAGAACAGAGGAAAUCAACAACACAUGAAAAAAAAGUUUGUGCACUAUGUGCCAUUCACCGUACAGAAAAUACUAACUCAGUGAACAAGUGACUGAUUUCAGCCGCAGCUUCAGCAUCUAUUUCAGCAUCGUUGGAUUCUAGAGAGCAUUUGAUUGGACAGAAAGUUUGAUGAGAAGCUGAAUCUUUCGGCCUAAUAAAACCCUUCCCAAAGAGUGGAGAACCUGUCAGCGAAUUAUGAAUGAUAAACAAGAUGUCCUCCUCCCUGAUGCAGCAGACGAUGAGAGGUCCUAGGUGGAACCGGGCCCUGUCCGACCCAUUGUUCGUGCUGUCGCUGGCCCUGCAGCUUCUGGUGGUGGCUGGCCUGGUGCGAGCGCAGACCUGCCCCUCCGUCUGCUCUUGUAGCAACCAAUUCAGCAAGGUCAUCUGUACGCGACGUGGCCUUCGAGAUGUACCCGAUGGUAUUUCCACCAACACAAGGUACCUGAACCUUCAGGAGAACCUCAUCCAGGUGAUCAAAGUUGACAGCUUCAAGCAUCUAAGGCACCUCGAGAUCCUGCAGCUCAGCAAGAACCACAUCCGCAACAUUGAAAUCGGAGCUUUCAAUGGGCUGGCUAACCUCAACACUCUGGAGCUCUUCGAUAAUCGUCUAACCACAAUCCCCAAUGGGGCUUUCGAGUACCUGUCCAAACUUAAAGAGCUUUGGUUGAGGAAUAACCCUAUCGAGAGUAUACCCUCUUAUGCCUUCAACCGCGUACCAUCGCUGCGAAGGCUGGACUUGGGUGAGCUUAAAAGGCUCUCGUAUAUUUCAGAAGGUGCCUUUGAAGGCCUCAGCAACCUGCGGUACCUGAACCUGGGCAUGUGCAACUUAAAGGAGAUCCCCAAUCUCAUUCCUCUUGUCCGUUUGGAUGAGUUGGAGAUGUCAGGAAACCAGCUGUCUAUAAUAAGGCCAGGGUCUUUCAAAGGCCUCGUCCACUUACAGAAACUGUGGAUGAUGCAUGCGCAGAUCCAGACGAUUGAGAGAAAUGCCUUCGAUGAUCUUCAGUCCCUCGUGGAGCUCAAUUUGGCCCACAAUAACCUUACCCUCCUGCCUCAUGACCUCUUCACCCCACUACACCACUUGGAGAGGGUACACUUGCACCACAACCCCUGGAACUGCAACUGUGACAUCCUCUGGCUCAGUUGGUGGCUAAAGGAAAUGGUGCCGGCCAAUACCAGUUGCUGUGCCCGCUGCUCGUCACCUGUCAGCCAUAAAGGGCGCUACAUUGGCGAACUCGACCAGAACUAUUUCCAUUGUUAUGCACCGGUGAUCGUGGAGCCACCAGCGGACCUGAAUGUGACUGAGGGCAUGGCAGCAGAACUGAAAUGUCGAGCGAAUUCUUUGACCUCAGUCAGCUGGAUCACGCCCAAUGGCUCCAUCAUGACGCACGGAGCAUACAAGGUGCGCAUUUCCGUGCUCAACGAUGGGACGUUAAACUUUACCAAUGUCACAAUGCAGGACACGGGAACGUACACUUGUAUGGUGAGCAACUCCGCAGGGAACACGACAGCCUCGGCUACGCUCAACGUGUCCUCGACAGAGAACAGCAGCUUCAGUUACUUCACUACAGUUACCGUCGAGACCACAGAAGCAGCACAUGAUGAUGGCCACCCAACGGUACAGCAGAAAGGCGGCCCUACUCCUUCUUCUGGGAUUUGGGAGACCUUACCACCGUCCUUCACCACCACUACCACGACAGCACGGACACCACUGUCCACCAAGGCCACCGACAAGACCUACACCAUCCCAGUCACAGCCCUGAUUGAUGGCUCACUCAACACCUUGGAUGAGGUCAUGAAGACCACAAAGAUCAUCAUUGGUUGCUUUGUAGCCAUCACCCUGAUGGCGGCAGUCAUGCUGAUCAUAUUUUAUAAAAUGCGCAAACAGCAUCACCAGCAGAACCACCACGCACCGACGCGAACCAUCGAGAUCAUCAACGUGGAUGAGGAUUGUGUAACUGGUGGACCUACCAUGGAGGGCCACCUCGCCCUCCCCCCACUGGAGCAUGAGCACCUGAAUCAUUACAACGCCUACAAGACUGCGUACAACCAUGCCUCCACCAUCAAUUCUAUACACAGCUCUGCCCACGAACCUUUGCUAAUUCGGGCCAGCUCAAAAGACAAUGUACAAGAAACCCAGAUCUGAACUGCUUUUCAUAAUGUGGAUUAAACAAAGAAAAAAAAGACUUCUAAAACUCUUAAGGAACAGUAAGUGACAUAUCGAUUUUGAAGAUUGUCGAAACAAAGACACAGUAGACCGAUGCAAGACGUAUGAGAAGGAUGUUGACAGGUAGACAAGGACAUUGGGAGCUGAGUGUACGUCAACCGUUUCAAAAGUGUCUUUACAUAACAGAAGUUAUUUAUUUAAGGAAAAUAACUAUUGUGGUUUAAUCAAGAAAAGAUGUGAUCUGCAAUUAUUUUUCCAGCAAUUAUUUCACCAUGUUUUUUUUAAUGUUAUUUUAAGGGUUGUUGGUUUACUAAUAUGCUUUUAAACUCUGUUUAAAUCUAUUGUUCUAUACGUGAGGACCCAAGUCAUUUGAGGAUGAAUCUGAAACUUUCCAUCUUUCUGAAAUCUCAAGAUUCACAUUUAAUGUCGAUACUUUUUAAAAUCUUAGGUUACAGAUUGUCUUAUCAGAAAACGUUCACACCAUAAUUGUUUAAAUUGAUCAUGUUAAUUCUAAAUGAUUCAUUUGUUGACUCCCCUUAAUUAUUCAGUUGUCCUUGCUGAAAAAGAGGCUCUUUAAACUAUAUUGGUCCGUCUGUUAGCUGGUUUUAGAGGUGUUUUGGUCACUUUUCAACUGGACAGACUGGAAGACAAGCUUUAAACAGCUAAUUUUUCAACAGAGAUGGCUGCUACAAAUUACGUGCAGAUGUAUGCCUGGCUUUUCCACCCUAAAAUUUAGAACAAGGAGCCCUGGAAACGUGUCCCAAUUAAAACCGGGCCAAAUGUCAGGAACACGUCUAUUUGAUGCAUGCAGGGCAAUUUCAAAUAAUUUCUGUGCUCGGACCAGAAGAUUUAUGGAUUAAGUUAGCGUUUGGAGCCAUCCCACAUGACCUUAAAUACAUGUUGAGGCAUAUCAUGCUUAAAAUAAGCUUUAUUUAAGUCCUUAAACUGUUUUCUGCAUUUUCUUUCUCAUAGCGUACAACAACUUGGGUUCCUGUGGCAGUUCAUCCUUGACACCCAACUAAAGUUUCCCAAUACUGAGAUGCAGCACACACAUUCUAUGACAAAUUUUAUAUGGGCAGGGGGCUGAAGAUUGUAGGCCUUUAUUUGAAGUGGAAAAAGCAUAGAGCUGGUACUGACGUAGCACCAUUUCCAUUUCAAUCCACUUGUCUUGGUGCUCUCCAUGGAUACAGUUGAAGGAAAUCAUUCUGGAAUGGUCUAAAAGCCAGACACAGGACCCUAAAUAAGUGGGCAAAGUCAGUGCGGCUCAGAUCUAAGGCUUCCAAAGAUGCCACAGGUGUGUCUUUAUAGAUUCUGUGAACCGAUUGUGUUUUUUUCCCCUCUCACUAGUUCUUUUUUCUUGAAUUCUUUCAUAUUCUAUCUUUCAUCAUUCUGCGCUGUCAAUCUUUUUAGGCAGUUAUGCAAUUCUUUUUAAACUUUUAAAUCAUAUUCAGUCACUUUAGUUUAUUUUCGGUACAGACUGAGGAUGAUACAUCCAUCUUCGACUUUACACACGCAGUAGCCUUUGGCUGCAGGGGGAAUGACUUGACAUUAUGAAUUAAUUUAUGAAAUCAGAAUGGCCUGAGACGGUCACUAUAGAAACCAGUGACCUUGGACGGGGUGGGGAGUAGCCAACAGACAUUGGCUUGACACUUUAAAUGUAUUCAGAGUCAAAUGGGAGAGCGAGGCUGGGUGAAAGAUCCAAAGUGGACUCAUUUGAAGUGCAUCAUUUAAUCUAUAAAGCAAUCUAGAGGUCUAUAGGUAAUUUGAAUUAAACCAAUAAACCUGUGACAUUUUAUUCAGAUCCGUAGCGUUUUCGUUUUUGGCCAUUCAUAAUUCAUGCAAGGCGCACAGGGGACUGACAAGGAGAUUUUUCUCUUGCAUUUCUGGACUUAAUACAGAUGCCAACUUAUACCAUGUGGCAUUUGGUGAACUUUUCCGUAUCAUAUUUUGAUCACACACCAGAUGCACUCUGAUUUUAAAAGAUCUAAUGCAAUUAUGCUUGUCAGCUUUGCUAUUUCAGAUCAUUACGAAAAAGUUUUUGAGCGUACCUCCUGCCCACUAGAAGCAAAGGCCAUCUGGUACAUUUUCUAAUCAAGAUAUCAAAGCGUGCAAAAAAAGACUGUUCUUCAUCUGAAUAUGCUGCUCUUUCGAAUCUUAAUUCAUUUUCUUGUCUUUCUGAAUUUAGUUUGCAUUGUCACUGAAAUUGAUGUCAAUCUGAACAUAAAGCGACAAAAAUCCUUAUCGUCAAUGGAGUUUAGCACAAAAGUAAACCAAGUCAUUGGGUUUUCAGUUGCAUUUGAUUUAUUUUAAGGAAUAGAAUCAUUGUCUUAAAUUGUCAUAAUUUUUGGAAAAGGUCUUUGUCGUUUUUUUAUAAUAUGAUCAUUUUUUAUUAUAAUUUUUGUUUUUCGACUUAUUGUGAUUUUCUUUUUCUGUAUGUUUGUUCAGUCCCUUCAUGCAAACACAUCUGUGUUUUGGGUUUCAGUUUAGGAGUGAACGAGAUGCUUUUCUCUCCGUUUCACGUAACUUCUUUCUUUUCGUCUCUGAGAGGGAAUGCUGUUCUAGUGGUAGAUUUCUAUAAAAAUACAUUUUGAAAAUAAAAACAAAAAAAGACAAAAACAAAACAAAAACUUUUUAAAUUUUAAUUUUACAUGUGCCAACCUGUUCUAAAAGAUUAAAAAAAAAAAAAAAAAAGAGCGAGAUAUGCUGUAAAAGACGACUGGAUUGAUUUUCAUGUAAACAUUAUUUCAUGACCUUUAAAAAAAGAUGGAGAUCGAUUAUAGAAAUCAGAGUUUGUAGUUCAUACACAAGAUAAGGUUACAAAUAAACUAUCAUUGUCUUUUCUCUAUU